AUGAGUGAGACCCAAGGAAUCAUCGAAGAUCCUACCAAAAGGGAACCUACAACGGCCAUAAAAACCGCUGAGUCGGGGCCGGUUCAUGAUGGAGGAAGUAUAGGAGUCAUCUCAAGACCCACCAAGGAAGAAGCUGAAAUGGCCUUACAAAUCGCCGAGGCGGGGCCCAAUCACCAUGGUGGAAAUUUGAGUCACGACCCAUCAAUUCCCAAUCUCACUCAAUCACGAGGUCUAUGGAAGAGGGAGCAUACCACGCUGUCGACCAGGAUCCACGACUGUAUCCGCCAACAUCGUCAAGGCAUUCGUCUCAGCAAGGGCCAAUUGGGCAUCUGGCGCAUCGAACUCGUACGACUGUUCGAUAGCACCAUGGAACUCCACGAGAAAUACGUGGAGACAGUUACCAAUCUGCCUGGUAAACGCCGAGCCGAGUGUGAACGCUGGGAAGUGCAGUUCACGACAGACCACCAAAGUGUACUGUCAGAAAUCGACCAACAUCUAGCAUCGCGGUCGAUUGCAUCAUCAUCACUUGCAUCGUCAGUCAUUAUCAAUUCAACAGUGGCGAAAGCAAGUUUAAAAGAAACUUCGACUGUAUCUGUAAGGAUCCAACAGCUCGAAACCCAAGCUCGCCAGACUCAAGAUGUCCUAAACCGACAUGGGGAGCUUUUAUCAGACAUUGUAAAUGACAUCAAGAAGUCAUCUCUGCAAGCCAAACGGCAAAGUGAGUCGUUACACGCGAUCGAGAAAAUUCUACAAUCGAUCCACGAGGUAAAUGAAAAAUCUUUAGCAACUGCCGAAAAGAAGAUGGACAUUCGACUCAAGUCUGCGAUGGGCCAAAUGGUGGAAGAAAACGAGUCCAGUUCAAAGAAAGUUGAAGAGAAACUAGAAGCUAUUCAGAAAAACAGUGAAUCGCAGUCCAAAGAACUCGAAAGGUUAAAAUGCCUUGUACAACAGACGUGUGCAAAAAUGUCUAGACAAUGCCCCGAGGGUGAAAAUGUCUCAUCCCAAGUUCGCCUAGACACGUCUAUGCAAGGCAUGUUGUCUCAACGCCGCGAAGCUUUAGGAUGGCCGCAAGGCAUUACCCCAUCCUCACCACCACGAGCAGUCAACUUCUUGGAACAAUGCAGAAAGGCCGCGACAACGGGCGAGCAGAUGGACAGCAUAGGGGCAACUAUCGAUAUGUCUAACGAUCCAUCGUUUAGCUGCCAGCAACAGCCACAGGGGGACCCAAAAUCUGAUUCUAGUCUCAUCUGCCAACUUGUUAAUUCUCUGAAAAUGUCAGCACUUCCACCUCUCACAAUCACCAAGUUUGACGGGAACCCGCUAAACUACCAAAUGUUCAAGUCGAAGUUUAUGACGCUGUAUCACAACCGAUGCAGCGACAAUGGAAUUCGACUAGCGCAUCUACAGGAGCUGCUUGCUACGCAUGUUCUCAACUCGGUAUCUGAUUGUGUGCACGACCCAAGCAAGUACGAAGUGGUCUGGCAUCGACUCGAUCAAGAAUAUGGCCAUACCACUAUCAUGGCUCAAACACAUCUAAACAAUCUCCUUCGACUUCCGUCUGUGCAGCCAAACGACAGCGCCAUCUUGAAGACAUUCUCCAACAAGCUUCACGGUGCGGUCUCUGCUCUGUCAACCUCUGGACUCGCGAGCGAAUUAGAAUCGCUGGGCAACCUCAUGCAUGUUGUCACCAAACUGCCGAAGACCUUGAGGGAAAGAUGGGGAGGAAAGGUGAUGAAGAUGCAUCCCGCUGUACCUUCAAUUGUCGAUCUGAAUGACUGGUUAACCCUCCAGUCGAAGGGUUCUGAUUUUGCAAAGUUAAUGGCUGGCCCUUCAGCACUUCCACCACCACCAGUCGCGCCCAAGAGAAAUGGGAAAGGAUAUCCAACUCCCUAUGUCUCUACCAUCAACCACGUCACCACCUCGACGGCUGAAACAAAUUUCCCGCAAACAAAAGGAGGAGGUUUGCGGGUGAGCCCACCCAAUACAACCUCGUUCAGCCAAACAAGAGGCAACUCAACGUCCUUUGUUUGCAGAGGGGCGAUACACAAAAUCGAGGAGUGUAACGCAUUCAAGCAGAUGUCUCCAACGCAAAGAGCGGAGACAGUCUUUAAAGCAGGCUGGUGUCUCCGAUGCCUUACCGGAAGGCAUACCAGCCGAACUUGCAGAUUCAAAUCGAUUCAAUGCACGGUCGAAGGAUGCAAGUAUCCAGGGCACUCGACGUUGCUUCACGGUUCCGAGUUUUCGACAAGAACCAAAACAAGCACCUCCAGUGACCACAAAACCACGCCAGAAUCGAAACCAUCGCGUCGAGUGACUUUCGACGACAAAGUCGAUGAAGCCUUCCUUGGCGCAGUAUCACGCACUGGACUGGACACACCACGUCGAGUGCUUUUUAAAAUCGUUCCUGUCCGUCUACAACACGGAGAAAGAGUCUUCGAUACCUUCGGAUUCUUAGACAGCGGAAGCGACUCCACCUUAAUCCGAAGUGAUGUAGCCAGAACUCAACUAGGUUUGGCAGGGCCAACAACGAAGAUCAACGUGACAUCUUACGACGGAGGAGUUACUCCAAUCAAUGCUCACAUCGUGGACUUCGUCAUCAGUUCGCGAGACGGGUCGACUUCGUUCCAGGCAAGAAGGGCGUAUGCAGUAGAAAAUCUACAAGUCGCUCAAAACCCGACCUUUUCGGAUGUACAAGCAAAGGCAUUCCCUCACCUGCAAGGCCUGAAGCUCCCAGAAGUCCAAUCCGACCAAGUUACGAUCCUAAUUGGCCUCGAUGUAGCAGACGCUCACGACCAUAGCGAGUCACGAAAACCGAUGGAUGGAUCGACCGGACCGGUAGCUUUCAAGACGCCAUUUGGAUGGUGUCUGGGAGGCAAAGUGGGCCCGCAAAGCGAACAGGAGCAACCAAGCCAUUAUGUAGCUCACAUCACAUCGAGAGAAGAAGACAGGAACCUUUCCGAACUUGUCGAGCGGUUUUGGAGGCUGGAGUCGAAAGACUCUGUACAGCCUCCUACACUCCUGUCAGCAGAAGAUCGAAGGGGAGAAGAGAUUCUGAAGAGGACCUCCAGAUACAUCAGAAAUCACCAUCAAAUUGGUCUAAUGUGGAAGGUCGAUAAUCCGGAAUUGCCGGAUAACCGAAGUAUGGCGCUUAGCCGCCUUUUUCAAAUUGAACGUCGCUUCAAAAGAGACCCCAGCUACGCCAAACGUUACGACGAUGUCAUUCAAGAGUACAUCAACCUUGGCCAUGCUCGCCUCUUGUCUAUUGAAGAAGCAAAAGAGAGAACACCAAAGACAAAUUACAUGCCUCAUCAUGGUGUUCAGAGUUUGACGAGUUCGACGACAAAAACAAGAGUGGUCUUCGACGGUUCGGCAGAGUGUGAAGGCACUUCCUUGAACAAAAACCUUCUUCGUGGUCCAAACUACCUCAUAAACCUGCUGGGAAUCAUCUUGCGCUUUCGCAAACACCAAAUUCCCAUCAGCAGUGACAUCGAGAAGAUGUAUCACCAGGUCUUAGUUCCAGACGAGGACCAAGAUGCCUUCCGAUUUUUGUACCGGUCGCCGAACAGUACGUCACCACCGCUCACCUACAGGAUGACAGUCCAUGUCUUUGGAGCUGUCUCGUCGCCAUCAACCUGUUUGUUUGCCCUAAACAAAACAGCCGAAGACAACAGAACGAAAUUCCCAGACGCAGCAGCCAGCGUAAAAACAAGCUUUUACGUCGACAACUAUCUGGAUUCGUUCGAGUCAGAAGACGAGGCAAUCAAACGGGCCCGCCAGCUAAAAGAACUGUUGCAGCUGGGGGGUUUUAAUCUCACAAAAUGA